GGCAGAGGGAGGGAGGGAGAGAGAGAGAGAGAGAGAGAGAGAGAGAGAGAGAGAGAGAGAGAUUCCCAAGCAGGCUCCACACUCAGACACAGGACUCAAUCUUAUAACUAUGAGAUCAUGACCUGAGCUGAAAUCAAGAGUCAGACACUUAACUGACUGAGCUACCCAGGUGCCCCUAUAAACAAGAGAAAUUUAUGUCUCACAGUUGUGGAGGCUGGAGGUUUGAGAUCAGGGUGCCAACAUGGUCAGAUGUGGGCCCUUCGUCGGGUCUCAGACUUCUUAUAGUUUUCUCGUAUGGUGGAAGGGGUGGAGGAUCUCUGUGGGGUCUCUUUUAUAAGAACACUAAAUCCAUUCCUGAGGGCUCCACCCUCAUGACUUAAGCAUCUCCCAAAGACCCCAUCUCCUAAUACCAUCACAUCAGGUAUUAGGAUCUCAAUAUAUGAAUUUGGUGGUUGGUGUGUGUGUGUGUGUGUGUGUGUGUGUGUGUGUGUGUGUGUUGGAAAAAAAAUUAAAAGAAUAGUAGUAUUUUGAGACAUGUAAAAGUUACAUGAAAUUCAAAUUUGAUUGUUCAUAUAUAAAGUUUUAUUGGGACAUAGCUGCACUCAUUUGUUUAUGUAUUGUCUCUGGCUGCUUUCGUGUGACAACGGCAGAACUGACGUAAUUGUGACAGAGACUGUAUGGCCUGCAAAGCCUAAAAUAUUUACUGUCUGGCCCUUUGCAGAUAAUGUUUGCCAGUUGCUCAUCUACGUGAUCUUUGGGAGUCAUGACUUAAACAAUAAAGGCAGGAAAAAUGCUCACAACAUAUUGCCUUAAAAUUCAUCACUUGAAAUGAGUUACAGAAAAUUUUAUGCAAGGAUAGCCAGUUGUUUUUAUUUCUAAAGUCUAAGUUGGAAGUUUAAAUCAUGAAAAAUCUAUCAUGCUACAUUUUUCUUCUAUAGAUAUAGCACUUAGAAGUAAUGGUUUAGUUGGACAAAUCCAGUGUGUAAUUCCUGUUCUGGGAAUAAGUCUUUUGAACCUUAACAGUCACAAGGACACUGAACAAUUCACAGAUGCUGCCACCUAGAGGUGAGAUGCUGAUGUUGCAGAAGUUCCAGAUUAUCAAAAGCAAUCUCUAAAAGCAGCAAAUGCGGACUUCACUAAAUGUGAAGGAUCACCAUUGAACUUCUUAAAAAUGAGGAUUCCUGGGCCCCUCCAGGGGAUGCCGUGUCCAUGGCACAAAGUGGGCUUCAGCCGUCUGCGCUGGGCAGGCUGCUCUCUUCUGAGAUUUUGGUUUCUGAGGUUCCUAUAUAUACCUUGGGGGACACCCUCCAAAGUGUCUUUGGUUAAGUGGAUUGAUGGUAUUACAGAGCAUUGAAUAAUAUUUGCAUUCCAUUAGCUCUGCCAUGGCAAAGCAAACUAUCUUUCCAGUUGUCCUGAUUGAGGGUCAAUUUGAGAGUAGAAAAAUCAUGAUCUGGGCUGAACUUUGAAAUCUCUAGGGUUUUGAUAUUAUCAUGAAUGAAAACUGACUCUGCUUGCUUUUAAAAUUUAAUAAAAUCUGAAGUUAAGAAAUGAAGUGUUGUUGCCUUUGGCCGGGGUAGCUGCAGGCUUCUGGCAUUUCUUGGCAAAGAGGAGUGUGAAAUGGCAGCUGCCACAUUAACAUUUUAUCACGUUUCUCUGUGAGUUGACUUUUUUCUUUCCACAGAGCACCAUACUCAGAAGCAAUCCAAUUUCUAGAAGAGGUUUCUAUUUUUACCUUGCAGAUUUUCAAAAACAAAUUAAAAGUGCAUAGUUUUCUUCAUUCCUGGGAACUUUCCAUUAGCAAUAAAAUACUGAGUUUUUCCAAGCAACUGUUUAUUAUUUUUAUUUGUAUACUUAUAAAGUUAGCCUGAGCAUUUAAAGAUAUAUUAAACAAGCAUGUAGUAUUUUAUUAUAGAAAAUUGUAGAUGCUGGGACCUCCUGUAAGUCUCAGUUAUGAUUAUAUGUGGGUUAAUUAUUAUAUUUAUUUGCUUUUUUACAGAAAUUUAUUGAUUUUAAUGUGUCUUUUCAGUGUGAAAGCACCCAGUUUCCUUUCUCCUUCCUUCCUGUUUUUUUUUAAAUAAGGUUGAUAUUAUUACUUAUCUAUAUUUUAGUUUUUGCUUCUCUUACUAGUUUGAAGAGAUCUCUGGGGUGAGGUAAACAGUUCAGCUAUACCAGAAUUUCCUGAAGAUUCCACAUUUUGCCAGACCUCUCUUCACGCUUGUAAGAUAUCUUUCUUCUGUGCAAACGGCAGGUCUGAUGUGGAGGAGCUCACAAAUUUUAGUCACAAAAUCACUCUGUACUUGUUUAUUGAUUGUUGUUUUCUUAUGUUUAAGAAUUUCACCAGACUUCUUUAUUUAUUAAUUUAAAAAAAACUAUUCUUUUUUUAAAGUUUAUUUAUUUUGAGAGACAAAGUGCGAGUGGGGGAGGAGCAGAGAGAGACAGAGAGAGAAUCCCAAGCUGGCUCCACACUGCUAGUGCAGGGCUUGAACCCAUGAACCAUGAGAUCAUGACCUAACCCGAAGUCAGAUGCUUAACCAACUGAGCCAGCCAGGCGCCCCUUCACCAAACAUAUUUAAAAAUAACGUUCCAUUUAUAAACCUCACCACUCUACAGUUCUAGAAACAACUAAAAAAACCCAGAAUUCUCAUUUUAUUGAGCUGUUCUUACUCUUGCCACCACACUAUGCUAUCAUCCUUUCCCUUCAUUUGCAUGGCUAACUUGCACAUUAGGUUCUCUUGAUUUGACUACACUUAACCCUACCUGCCACCUUGCACAGUGAACAACCUGCGAAACUGCAUGGUGGCCCUGGACAUGGCACUCCUUCCUCAUGGUAGAGGAUGUUUUACUCAGUAAAUAAAUUGUAGCAGGUUCAGUUGGAAAAACAGUCUAUAUUGUCUGGCUGGCUUUAACCAUUCAUCCUUCUAUCCAUACAUCCCUCUGAUCCCACUCUGUUCUGUGUACUAUGAUAAGUCCUCGGAAUAGAAAACUGAAUAGGGCAUCACUCCUAGGGAGCUCAAAGUCUACAGGAUGAAGUAUAUAAGUAAAUCAAGUAUUUUAAUUCAGUGUAGUAACUGCUAAGAUAGAAAAUUUCACAUUAGGUGAUCACAUACACAUUUUUGUUAUUGAAUUAUUUUAUUAAUAUACUAUUAAGGUACAAAUAAUAGAGUAUUAAAAUAUGCUAUUCCAAAAAAAUGUAACAUUAACAUAUAUUAGUAAAAAUACAUUGAGUACAAAAGAUGUUAUUAAAUUAUUUCCUUAAUUAAAAGAAGAUCAAUUGGGGAGAACCAUAGGAGGAAAGUCUGGAAACUGGUUCUGUCUCAGAUAUUCAAUGUAGGUUUGAUACCCGUUUUUGAUGAUCAAGCGUUACAAUUUUCUUUACCACCAGCACAUGACUUACAUUUUUGGUCAUUCCCUGGCAUCAGCUGACUCUCAGUCACUUUCUCCCAUUGUAUUCAUAUCCUAGCUGCGUGCUCAUGACUCCAAAGUGCCAUUGCCAUAUCUGAUUUCCCUGCCAGGCUUUAAAGAUGUAUUUACAACUGCCUUCCAGAACUUUCAGCCUGGAUAUAUCCCAGACAUCUAAAAACUACACGCUACAAAAGGAACUUUCUUCUGAUAGCUCUCUGAAUUGAAUUUCUUACUCUGUUUAAUGGUGUCACAGUCUGUCCAGGCUCCCAAGCCAAAAAGUCAGUGUCCUCAUGCUCAACACUGUGCUGGCUAUCGGCCUCCACAGCCAGCUGGCUAACACAUUCAUUAUGUUUACCUUAGAUAUAUCUCUAAUCUAGAACAUCCUCAUCAUCCCUAUUAAUACUAUCUCAGCUCAAACUCUCCUCAUCUCUACCUAGACUAGUACAGCAGUCUUAUACCAGCCUCCCUACAUCUUAAUUCUUCCAUGUCCACAAGGUUCACUUUUCCAAAUUUAUCUCUUUGUCUCUCUUUCUGUCUUCCUGUCUUCCUCCCUCCCUCCAUUACUACCCUCCCCUGCCACCCAUGAAAACCUCUGUUGCCUCCCCAUUGGCAACAGAAUAAAGUCUAAACGCUUCAUAUAUGGUACUUGAGGGCCUUCCUAACUGGCUUUAACUGACCCCCUAACAUCUCACCACUGUCUUCAGAUGUAUCCACACAGUAGUUAUACAUAAUUCUUUACUGUUCCAUUAAGAUCCUGAUUUUGCACAUGCUGUGCCAUCUGAGUGGAUACCCUUCCUUACACUCUCCUAGAAAUUUUUUUCUUCAAACCUACCUAAGAGGUGACUUCCUCUGUGAGUUCUUUUCCUUUUCCCCUCAGCAUAUUUAAUUAUUCUUUCCAUUUCCAUUGGCAAUUCCUAUUGACAUCUUGAAUUCUGCUCUUGUUAGACUGCAAAAUAGUUUUCUUUUCAUGUAUGGCUGGCCAACUAUAUGUAAAGUUCUUGAAUUGAGAAUUAGUGUCUUAAUUAUGUAUUUGUUUGGUCAGUGUAGAGCCUGAAAUGUAGUUAGUAUAUUUUCUAUGACCAUUUCAACUGCAGAUUAGACAGCUGAAGACAGAAUUAGGCCUAGAAGAUAGAGCCGAAGCAAUUACCCCCAAGUGCAGGAUACAGAGAUAGGAGGUAGGAAAAACAAGAAAGGGGAGGUUGAAAUAUAGAAGACAGAAUGAGAAAGUCCAAUAUAAAAUUAAUAGAAAUCCUGUUUUGGAUUAAGAGAAUAGAAAGAAUGGAGAGAGAGAGAAUAUUAAAAAAAAAGAAAAUGAGAAUUUUCCAGAAUUGAUUCAAGAAACACAAUGAGUGCCAAGCAGAAUAAGUAAAACUAAAUCCACAUAUUAUAAACAUAUCAUGGUGAGUCAGCAAAACACAAAGAGAAAAAUAUUAGAAUUCUAAGGGAAAAAAACAGAUUUCCUGUAAAUGAGAAAUAAACUGAGGAUAAACUUUCCAAUAAUAAUGCUAAAGGCCAGAAGACAAUGGACGGGUAUCUUAAAAGUGCUGAAGGAAUAACAGUCAGUUCAGAAUUCUAAGUCCAGUUAAGUGAUUAUUGAAGAAGGAGGUCAGCAUAAGAACAUUUUUGGGAAAAGAUUAGGAAAGUGUACCCAGUGCACACCUACUGAAAUAAUGACUGAAAAGUCUAUUUUGGAAAAGAAGGAAACUGAACCUAGAAGAAAGGACUAAGAUGAAAGAAAUAAGGGGAAAAUGCAUAUAUACAUAUAUACAUAUAUGUAUAUAUGUAAAUAUCUAUAUCUAUAUCUAUAUCUAUGUCUAUAUAUAUUUGUGUUUUUUUAAUUCCAAAAGAUACCUCUAGAACCUCUUGAAUAGUUUUCAACCAAAAAUGAUUUUACCUCAUGGUGGACAUUUGGCAAUUUCAGGAGAUAUUUUUGGUUGACACAAGUGGGCAGGAGGCAUGACAGACAUCCAGUGGGUAGAGGCCAGGAAUGCUGCUAAGCACCCUGCAGUGCGUGUGACAUGGUCCCGAACUCAUUGUUUCAUGUUCACCACUAAUUCUUAAUGCUACUUUCUCCCUUGGAGUUUCUCUUCCUGUGUGUUACACCUUGUCCUAGCAGUGGGCCCUGCCUUUGUGGCAUUUCCAGGGCUCUGUUCUCUCUGCUCUAUCUGGGCCUAUCCUUGAUAAAGUAUGCCUUUGGCAUUUUUGAUUUUCCCUUUUCCAUAUUUCUUUGUGUCUUUUAACUAUUCCUAAAUCUUAUCUCGUGCCAAACCUAGACCUUUUCUCUUUUUGUUCCUUUAUAUCAGUUUUUCACCCUUGGCAUUAUCGACAUUUUAGAGUUGAGUAAUUCUUUGCUGUGGGGCUGUCCUGUGCACUGUAGAUGUUUAGCAGCAUCGCUGGCCUCUACUCAAAUGGCUGCUAGUUGUGACAACCAAAAAUAUCUCCAAACAUUGCCAAAUGUCCCCGGAUGGAGGGUGCAAAAUUGCCCCCAGUUAAGAACUACUGAUUUACACCAAUUAAUCUGGUCCUGUUCUCUGGAGUUCUGCUUAGUAGGAGUAUUCUGAUAACCUAAUUGUUGAGAAUGUGUUUGUAGGUUAUAAUGACUUUUAGCUUAUAUUUAACAAGAGCCUUUUGCGAACUGUAUCCUACUCAGAAGCAUGGAGGGGAUUUCCUUCCAAAGAAGGAGAUUUACCCCCAAGUUUAAGGUGACACCUUUGUACUUGCCUACUGGCUCCCAGUUUGCAGUCCUCUGAGAUUAUGUCAUAAAUCAGAACUUUUCCAUUUUUGUCCAAGACCAUUGGUAAUCUGCCUUCACACACAGGAAUAAGCAAGAACUCAUUCCUUGUGUGUUGUGGCCUCCUUCUUCCCCUCUUAUGUUAUGCCACUUUCCCCCUAGUGGUCUCCUGGUAGAGUUGGGUCUUAGAAAGAGAUUCUUAAUGAAUUCCAAACACUCCUUAUGGAUUUUAAGUAUGUUCCUCAUUUGUGAAAGGAAAGGAAGAUGUGAAAUGACUAUUUUCUGUUUCAGAUUGGUGAUCAUUUCCCAAGGGUCUUGCUUUUACCUGUGUACCUAUAAUCUAAGCACAGCACUAUGUCUUGCUAUAGGAUGGAAGGUGUUCUCUUACCUUUCCCAGUGACCUCGUAGGGCUUACCAGUGCUUCUGUAUGUGUGAGCUCUGAAAACUUGAGAUAUGACAAACUAUGGUGAUGCCAAGGAUUUGCCUGAAGUUAUAGAGUACUUUAGAAGAGCUCUCUAUUUAAUAGCAUGAAUUUAAUUUCUUUCAACAAAUUGUGACCAGAUACAUUCAGAAUUGAUGCUGAAGGAAACAGGGGAGUUCUAAAUUUCAGAGGUAAGGUGCCACAAAAAGUGACCCUGCAACUUGAGCUACUGGUAUGACCAUGAGAGUAAUCUGACGCAGCUGGGACAUCAGUGGUCUCCCUUUUAGAGAUGCCCAGAAAUGCUCACUGGCCUGCUCCUGCUUGCAUACUGUGUGCCCAGUCAGUCUAAAGCCAAAAUGUCUGCUUGAGUGUUAGUCCAGCUCAAUUCAUGGUACAGAGUAAUGGGAGGACAUCUACAAAAAACAGGACAAUAUAGAUUAGACACCAGUUUCUAAGCUAUUAUAUUUUGAAAAGGUGAAGGAGGUCAAAAGAAAGGAAAGAACAAAAGAAGGAAAGAAAGAGGAUUUCUCGUGCACAACAUAGAGUUGGGUCUUAUGUUUUUAUCCAUUCUGACAAUCUGUCUUUUAAGUGAUAUAUUAGACCAUUCACAUUUAAAAUGAUUAUUGAUAUAGUUGGAUUAAUAUCUACCAUGUUUACGCUGCUUUCUAGUCAUUGCAUUUGUUCAUUGUUUCUUUUUUCUCCCUUUUUCUGCAUCUCUGGCUUUAAUUGAAUUUCUUAUAUGAUUUUUUUUUUAUUUUAGAGAGAGAGAGCGAGAGAGCAUGCAAGUUGGGGAGAGUAGCAGAGGGAGAGAGACAGAAUCUUAAGCAGGCUCCAGGCCCAGCACAGAGCCCAGCACAGAUGUGGGGCUCGAUUCCAUGACUGUGGAAUGAUGAUUUGAGCUGAAAUCAAGAAACGGAUGCUCAUCUGACUGACUGAGCCACCAGGCACCCCACCAUAUGAAUCUUUUUUAGUGGAAUGGGAAUCUACCUGCUUCUGUCUCUGCCUUAACAGUCUUUCCUUUUGUUAAAAUGUCCCUGAAGAAGUGUUUUAACUUUAAUCUUAAGCUAUGGAAAAAAUUUCCUGGUAAGGUUUAUAUGAAAUGUGGGUCUGAUGGUUAACCUACUUAAGUUGGGUAGUUAUAACAAGUAAAAUCACUUGUUCUGGCCUUUUGGAAGGUGAUGUGAAUACUGGCUGGAUAGAGGAUGUCACAGAAAAAGAGCAGCCAUUUGAGUAGAGGUUGUUUAGGUGAGGGACCAGUGUUUUAGGCAGUGGGCAGUGUACAGAUUCCAGGGCAGCUGGGAGUAGCUGUAUCCUUCAUAUUCAAGGUUGAGCACAGAAUGCAUUAUCCACAGAGAUACUCUUGCAUGUGGUAGUUGGGUUCUCUUGGGCUAUUACUCUGGUAUUUCCAGGGUUUUUGUUUGUUUGUUUGUUUUUUGUUUGUUUGUUUUGGCAUUCCAUGAGCUAAUUGACAUUUGUGAUCAGGUCCAGAACCUUAACCACCACAUAUAUGCCACUUCUCCGAGAAAAACUGACAUCAUUAGGGGACCACCUGCACUUUAGAACAAAGAGGAUCAUCAGAAAUGUUCAUUUGACAAGAGAAUUGGCUAAGAUAAAUAAAUCACUGAACUUCCUUCAAGUUUCCUAAUUUCCCUUCGUUCUCUUAAAUUUGGCUAUAUUGUUCUUUUCAGAAUUCAAGGCCAUAUCCAUCAUUUAAUUUGUGAUUCUAGCACAAUCCUGUUAAUUCCUUCUCUGCGUGUGGUGGUUAUUUAGCUUUAGAAGAUUGAAGACACCAGUGAAUCAGGGAAUGAUUAAUGGCACAUGAGGACAAAGUCAAUUAAAUGAUGCAGCUCUGAAGUUACUGGAGGAUUUCUGAUACAAGAAAUUGAAAAGCUUGAUUUAAAGCUGUAUUAAAUCUGAUUUAUAAAGAACGAUCUAUUUUAGAAUCAAAGGCAUUCAGAUACUUGAAUAAAGUCAUCCAUUCAUCUAGUUAUCUAAACUCUUGCUACUCAAAGUGUGGUCCUCAAGAGAUAAGAGGGCUUGACUGAAAUUGAGAAAUAUAAUUCAAAAGGAGUGGGUGUGAUGGGCAUUUUAGAGAUAGCUUCAGUGGGACUUGUGAUUAAUGGAUGUGGUAUGUGAGUGAGUGGAGAUCCCAAGUAUUUCCAUAAGGUCAAAAUAUGAUGAAGCUUUAUGGUUUAGACCAGUGGUUUUUAAACUUUAAUGUGAAUAAAAAUCACCUAGAGAUCUUGUUAAACUGCAGAUCCUCAUUUAGGAGGGGUGUGUGUGGCAUGAGAUUCUGCAUUUCUAACAAGUUCCUGUGUGGUGGUUGUGGAGCUUGGAAUGUAGUGUGAGAUGCAGAUAACAAUAUUAUACCGAAGAAUGUAUGGUUACCAGCAGGCGGAUACUAUGGAGGAAAGUGAUCUUAAAGAUCGUUGGUAGUAUUGUUUUGAUGAAAACAUGCUUCUGAGUUCCCAAAAGAGCACUCUGCAAAAACAUUUGCCUUACCACCAGCUGUAAGUGGAAGGUCUGCUUGUGAUGGGAAAAUUAUUAUUUAUACCUCUGAGGUAUAAAUGUUCUAAUUUUUUCAUAUACAUUGUUUAGAUACUAAAAAUCAAACAAAAAACCCAACAACCAUGGUAUUGACUUGGGAGGGAGCUUAGUUAUCUUGAUUUGGGUUCCCUGGGAAAUAGAUUCUGAGCCAGAGAUGUACAUGUAAGAAGUUUAUUGGGGAGAGCCCUUGGGAUCAAUGUGUAUGUGUGUAUGUGGUUGGUGGGGGAAGGGGGGCGGUGAUGGAAAGGUGGAGGAUUAGGCAGAGAGAGGAUCUGGGCUGUGACGAUGUACAACAGCCUCAGCCCAUCACAAAAGGGAAAUGCAGAGCUGGGAUGUCCCUUCAAAAUUGUCCCACCAUGGGGUUUUUGGAGCCUCCCAUCAUGGCCUGAAUGUAACCUGCUACAGGGAAGGCAGGGAAUGACCUGGAGAAAUUCUCUUUGACGGCAAGGCCCAGAGGGAGACUCAGCUGAGAGCCAUAAAGCACUAACACUAGCAGCAGCUGGGAGAGUGACAUGGCGUAGGCUAGCAUCCACCACGUUGGCUAGUUGAAAUGAAGUUGGGAAGAGGAUAUAAAUGGGAAGGCGAGGUGGAGGAACCUUGGAACUCUCAAGCCCUGGGAAGGGUAAGUCUCCUCAUACCUUGGUGGGGAAGGGGAGGAGAUAACUGGCUACUUGUUUGAGUGCUGAGUUGAAGUCGGUUAGGAGUUUUGAGAUAUGGCUCAUCAGAGUUCAUCUAGCAAGUUUGUGGACACAAGGAGACUUGUAAAUCAUUUUAAAAGCCAAGACCCAGGUAGAGGGGUCAGGGCUCAGUUCUGUGGAUAAAGACGGCGAGCAUCUGGGCAGGUUUUCUGAGCACCUGGAUUCAGAUUCACUUUGUUAUGAGUUCACCUUGUUAUGAGGGUAUAUGUUUGGAAACUUUGUACAGUUUUUGUCUUUUUCGGGAAAAUGACUCAGCUGACUUAAGGUUGUAAUUGGAGACUGGGAGAGUUGGCUGUUCUUUUCUCAUCAGAAGCAGUGAUUCAUAUUCAUUUAUUCAACAGUUGUUCAUCGAGUGCCUACCACGUGCCAAGCACUGCAUCAGGUGCUGGGUAUACUGUGCUGAACCCAGAUAGGGUCCCUUUCUUUAUGGAAUGAUAGUGAUGCAGGCUAGUGGAUGCAACAGAUAUUAAAGAAUCAUACAAAUAACAUUUGGUUAGCUCAGUGAAAGAAAAAAAAAAAAAACACUAAUUAGGGAUUUCUCGCGGGCGGUGUUGGCCGGGUGCAGCGCAGCGCUAGCCCGUGUUCAGGCAGCGUGGGCGACAUCGGGGACUCGGGGACUCGGUGGUGGCUGCGGCGGGCUGGCUGCGGGGAAGCGUGGCGUGGGCGGCGCCGAGGGCUCCGCGGGGGAGGCUGCGGCGGCGGCGGAGGCGGAGGCGGAGGCGGGCGCCCAAGCGCAGCGCACCCUGCAGGGCCACCGAGGGCGAGCCCGGCCACCUGGCGGCGCAGUUGGAUCCCAGCUCCUGCAGCGGGUGCUGGGCCUACUGGCCCCAAACAAACAAAACCGAAACCUUACUAGGAAGUCUAUCAAGAGGGUGUUUACUUUAAAUUUUGGAAACGGGUGCAGUCUCUGUGGCAGCAGGUUGAGCGCCAUCUCUAGGAUGCGUUGGAACUGGUGGAGAUUAUAGCGGGAAUAUGGAGACCAAAGACCUGGCUUCUCUCCCACGCUGUCACGUAUGACCUACCUUCCCACGAAGGGCUUGACCUCUUUGAGCCUUGACUUCAUCUGUGCAACGGUGCUCUUAUGAGACUCAAAUGAGAGACAAAACAGAGUGUGUGAGCAGGAGGAGGGCAGAGAGAGGGAGACAGAAUCUGAAGUGGGCUCCAGGCUCUGAGCUGUCAGUGCAGAGCGGAUGCGUGGCUGAACUCCCCAAGGGUGAGAUCAUGAUCUGAGCUGAAGUCUGACCCUCAACCAACUGAGCCACCCAGGUUUAAGUUUAUCUAUUCAUGGGGCUGAAAAGCGUUUGCAAAUCCAUCAACGGCGAAGUGUCGCAAGCCGCCCAGGGUCACGUCGCCUGCCUGUGGUCAGGCAUUCCUCACUUCCACCAGGCAGAAGGUCAGUAAAAAUGGAGGCAAGCUCUUCUGGAAUCACUAAUGGGAAAACCAAAGUCUUCCGCCCAGAAGGAGGUGUGGAUUUGCAAGGCUACCAGCUGGAUAUGCAAAUACUACCUGACGGCCCAAAGAGUGAUGUGGACUUUUCAGAGAUUCUUAAUGCAAUACAAGAAAUGGCCAAGGAUGUCAAUAUUCUUUUUGAUGAAUUAGAAGCUGUCAACAGUCCUUGCAAAGAUGAUGAUUCUCUGCUUCACCCUGGAAACCUGACCAGUACUUCAGAUGAUGCUAGCAGAUUGGAAGCAGGGGGAGAGACAGUGCCGGAAAAAAACAAAUCAAAUGGACUUUACUUCAGAGAUGGAAAGUGUCGAAUUGACUACAUUCUUGUGUACAGAAAAUCCAACCCACAGACUGAAAAGAGAGAAGUAUUUGAAAGAAAUAUUAGAGCAGAAGGAUUACAAAUGGAGAAAGAGUCCUCUCUAAUAAAUAGUGACAUUAUCUUUGUGAAGUUGCAUGCCCCAUGGGAAGUGCUUGGAAGAUAUGCAGAACAAAUGAAUGUAAGAAUGCCUUUCAGGAGAAAAAUCUAUUACCUGCCCCGCCGGUACAAGUUCAUGAGCAGGAUCGAUAAACAAAUAAGCAGGUUUCGGAGAUGGUUACCUAAGAAGCCCAUGAGGCUGGACAAGGAGACACUGCCAGACCUGGAGGAGAAUGACUGCUACACUGCCCCUUUCAGCCAGCAAAGGAUCCACCACUUCAUCAUACACAACAAAGACACUUUCUUCAACAAUGCCACAAGAAGUAGAAUCGUACAUCACAUUUUACAAAGAAUAAAGUAUGAAGAAGGAAAAAACAAAAUUGGUCUGAAUCGUUUGCUUACCAAUGGCUCCUAUGAAGCUGCAUUUCCUUUGCACGAGGGAAGUUACAGAAGUAAAAACUCCAUUAGAACCCAUGGAGCGGAAAACCACCGACAUCUGCUCUAUGAAUGCUGGGCCUCCUGGGGCGUGUGGUAUAAAUACCAGCCUUUGGAUCUUGUAAGGCGGUACUUUGGAGAGAAGAUUGGGUUGUAUUUUGCCUGGUUGGGCUGGUAUACCGGCAUGCUCUUCCCAGCUGCCUUCAUUGGAUUGUUUGUCUUUUUGUAUGGAGUCAUUACUCUGGAUCACUGCCAAGUCAGUAAAGAAGUCUGCCAAGCUACAGAUAUCAUCAUGUGUCCUGUGUGUGAUAAAUACUGUCCAUUCAUGAGGCUGUCAGACAGCUGUGUUUAUGCCAAGGUAACUCACCUCUUUGACAACGGAGCUACUGUAUUCUUUGCUGUUUUCAUGGCAGUCUGGGCAACAGUUUUCCUGGAGUUUUGGAAAAGAAGGCGAGCAGUAAUUGCUUAUGACUGGGAUUUGAUAGACUGGGAAGAAGAGGAGGAAGAAAUACGGCCCCAGUUUGAAGCCAAGUACUCCAAGAAAGAGCGGAUGAAUCCCAUUUCGGGAAAGCCAGAACCCUAUCAGGCAUUUGCAGAUAAAUGCAGCCGACUUAUCGUUUCUGCAUCUGGGAUAUUUUUUAUGAUCUGCGUGGUGAUCGCGGCCGUGUUCGGGAUCGUCAUUUACCGGGUGGUGACGGUCAGCACUUUUGCUGCCUUUAAGUGGGCGUUAAUCAGGAAUAACUCUCAGGUUGCAACAACAGGGACUGCCGUGUGCAUCAACUUCUGCAUCAUUAUGCUGCUGAAUGUGCUCUAUGAAAAAGUUGCACUUCUUCUGACGAAUUUAGAACAGCCUCGCACAGAGUCUGAAUGGGAGAACAGCUUCACCCUGAAAAUGUUUCUUUUUCAGUUUGUCAAUCUGAACAGCUCCACAUUUUACAUCGCAUUCUUCCUUGGAAGAUUUACAGGACACCCAGGUGCCUACUUGAGGCUGAUAAACAGAUGGAGACUAGAAGAGUGCCACCCUAGUGGAUGCCUUAUUGAUCUCUGUAUGCAAAUGGGUAUUAUAAUGGUGCUAAAGCAGACCUGGAAUAAUUUCAUGGAACUUGGCUACCCGUUAAUUCAGAAUUGGUGGACCAGAAGGAAAGUACGACAGGAACGUGGACCUGAAAGAAAAAUAAGUUUCCCACAGUGGGAAAAGGACUACAACCUUCAGCCCAUGAAUGCCUAUGGACUCUUCGAUGAAUACUUAGAAAUGAUUCUUCAGUUUGGAUUCACAACUAUCUUUGUGGCAGCUUUUCCCCUAGCACCACUUCUGGCCUUACUGAACAACAUAAUUGAAAUCCGACUUGAUGCUUACAAAUUUGUCACACAGUGGAGACGACCUUUAGCUUCAAGGGCCAAAGACAUAGGAAUUUGGUAUGGAAUUCUUGAAGGCAUUGGAAUUCUCUCUGUUAUUACAAAUGCAUUUGUCAUAGCAAUAACAUCUGACUUCAUUCCUCGCUUGGUGUAUGCUUAUAAGUAUGGACCUUGUGCAGGUCAAGGAGAAGCUGGACAAAAGUGCAUGGUUGGCUAUGUGAAUGCCAGCUUAUCUGUGUUUCGAAUUUCUGACUUUGAGAACCGAUCUGAGCCUGAGUCUGAUGGCAGUGAGUUCUCGGGGACUCCUCUCAAGUACUGCAGAUACCGAGACUACCGUGACCCUCCUCAUUCACUGGUGCCCUAUGGCUACACACUGCAGUUCUGGCACGUCCUAGCAGCUCGAUUGGCUUUUAUCAUUGUGUUUGAGCAUCUCGUGUUUUGUAUAAAGCACCUCAUUUCAUAUCUGAUCCCAGACCUCCCCAAAGAUCUAAGGGAUCGAAUGAGAAGAGAGAAAUACUUGAUUCAAGAGAUGAUGUACGAAGCAGAACUGGAGCGUCUCCAGAAGGAACGAAAGGAGAGGAAGAAAAAUGGAAAAGCACACCACAAUGAGUGGCCAUGACCAGGUAACAGUUCAUUUCCAAGCCAAGGACCUGAAACCUGUUUACUUCUCCCAGCUGUGCAAAAGCACAUUCAAGUGAAUGACUAAAAUGCAACCGCAGUGCAUGUCGCAGACAUUGGCAGCAGCAGGGGAGUCAGCACCCUUAAAGGACUACCUGGGAAAUCAUGCUGCUGUGAAAUCACGUUGCAGCACACAAUUGCUCUCUAUCCAUAGACCAUUCUUGACCAAGCAAGCAUGCACAUCAUGGGCAGUUACAUUCUCACGUUUUUAAAACCAAGGGGAACUUGUAUACUGGGCCUGUUUUUCAGCCUGUUUGCUACCUUUUUUGCAUUCUGUCCCAUGUGAAUUUUACAGACACUGGGCUAAUAAGGGUAUUCAGACACCUGGACACACAUUCCUAGAAUGUCAUUAUAUGGUCCUAAUUCCACGUCACUGAACGAUACAGACAAGACCCUGUUUACAACUUUUUCUUUUUUUUUAAUUUCAGAUCUUUCCGAGGAGAUUAUUAUAUAUGACAUAUCUAUAGCUAUGUGUAUGGCCAUAGAUGUAUUUCUGUGUGUACAUAUGUAUAGUCAUGUAUUCUUACAUAUGUACAUACAAAUACAGAGAUAUAUAAAGUAUAGAAAUUCCUUACUUGUAAAUAGCCAAAGGGUACUGACAUGAAUGACAAAUUUUCACAUUUAAAUAGUCAUCAACAUGAAGCCAUGUUUAAUGCUUGUAUAAUGUGAUGCAAAAAUUUAAAAUAAAUUUAUGCACAUGGAA